CGGCCGUGGCAGCGGGACGUGGAGGGGCUGGAGCGGCCGCGCGGGGCCGGCCCGGCCCGGGGAGCAGAUCCUGAGCAAUGGAGGCUGGAUCCGUGGUGCGAGCUGUCUUUGAUUUCUGCCCCAGCGUCUCCGAAGAGCUGCCCCUGUUUGUGGGGGACGUCAUAGAGGUGCUGCGGGUGGUGGACGAGUUCUGGCUCCUUGGGAAGAAGGAGGGGGUCACAGGGCAGUUUCCGAGCAGUUUUGUGGAGGCAGUGGAUAUUCCCAGUUUGAAGCAGGGAGAGAAGCUGUUUGUCUGCACUAAUGACUUCACGUCCCAGGAGCCAGGGAGCCUGUCGCUGCAGAGAGGAGACCUGGUGAUCCUGAGUGGCUCCCUAGCCCCCAGUUGGCUCCAGGGUAGAAGCUGCCGGGGCUCCAGGGGCUUCUUCCCAUCGUCAUGCGUGCGGGAGCUUUGCCUCUCGCCCUGGGGCCGCCGGCUCUCUCAGAGCACUGUCCUGGACGUGCCUGCUGACUCACUGGGCCAAGCCCGAGCCUUGAUGAGCCUCUCUGCCCAGCUGGAGGAGGAGCUGGACUUUAGGGAAGGGGAUGUUAUCACCAUUGUCGAUAUCCCUGAGCCUGGCUGGUUCACAGGGGAGCUGGGAGGUCGAAGCGGGAUUUUCCCAGAGGGCUUCGUGGAGCUGCUGGGUCCCUUGAGAGUGACAGGUGGCCCAGAGGGGCCGGGGCCCUCCGAGAGUUACAGUGUUAAUGGCCUGGCAGAUGUGCCCCCCGAGGAGGAGGGUGGGCAGGAAGGGAGUGAGGAGCCGCUGGGCACGUAUGGCAUUGCCCUCUAUCAGUUCCAAGCGCUGGAGCCCCAGGAGCUGGAUUUUGAUGUGGGAGACAGAAUCCAGAUUGUGGGGGCACUGGAAGAUGGCUGGUUGGAGGGCAUGCUGAGGGGGAGACGUGGCAUUUUUCCUCAUCGGUUUGUCAGGCUGGAGGGCUCUGCUCCCUGCAGGGAAAAGAGGGGCACUGGGAAGUCGCAGGAAGAAGGCAGCUGUGGAAUGGCCAUCCAUCAGGACCCAGCGAGUGCCUGCGCUGGGGCCCUUCCCCUGCAAGGGGAGGAAGGGGAAGACCUGAGUGCCAGGGGCUCACACCAUGUUGAAGGGAAGUCCAAUACAACUUCGUCCCAAACAGCAAUGAGGUCAGAGGGUCCUUCUGAUGUUGGGGUUGGACAGUGCAAGCCUGCAUCCUUGGAAGGGCACCCUCCCAGCACAGAGCUCCAGGGGCCCCUUCCCAAGGACACAGUGGGCUCCCUUCCCAUUGACUCUGCAAAGGCUAUCAAUGGCAUUUUCCCCGCCCCUCAGCUCCCUCCCCAGUCCAAGAGCAGACUCCGUUGCCAGGCGGUUGAAUUGGAGCCCAGCCAGAGCCCUUGGGCCUUGCAAAGGCCCUUGGACAUCCCUGCCUCACCUGAGAGGGAUGGAGAGAGUCCCAGUGUUCCCCCAUGGGCACCACGCUCUCCCCUGCGCAGUAGCAGGAGACAAGUCUUCCCUUCUUCCAGCAGCUGGGCUGCGGCAGAGCCCGGAGAAGGUCGGCGGAGCACCCUUUUCCAGGACCUGGCCAGCUGGGUGGAAGAUCAAAGGCAGAAAUCUAAAUCCCGCUCUUCCAGCUUCAGUGGUGCCCACGAGGGCCUGGAUACAUGGCCUGGUGCCCUAGCAGACCGGCCCUCGCCCAUGCUGCAUGGAGACAGCUGCACUGACCUCGACUCCAAGCUGACAGAGCAGCUGGCGCAAUUUGAGAAGAGCCUGACUAGCUCCGGAGCUGAGUCGGACAAGAAGGUCUCCCGACACUUCUCCAUUCUGGACUACAGUUCAGAGAAGGACAUUGUGCGUGGCUCCCCAGAGUGUGCCCCCCACUGGAGGCUGCCGGAGAGGAGGAAGGGCCUAAGGCCUCCACCUCCUCGCCCCAACGCCCCAGCUGUUUCUCCCUCCUUCUCAGUGCGGCCCUCCCGGCCAGCCCCUCUCCCUCCUCCAAGCAGUCAGAGAAGGAACACGGCCUCUCCACAGCUUCAGCCCAGGAGCCAGCCCAGGCAGGAGCCACAGGCAGAGGAGGGCCAGGGGGAUUCAGAUGGGGCAGCUGCACGUCAGUGCCCCUUUCUGCUGACAAGGAUCCGGGAGGUGGAACAAGACCUGGAGGCUUAUGGCAAGACUCGAGCUGAGCUGAACUCAAUGCUAGAGGAGCAGCAGGAUGAGCUGGUGAGAUCAGAGACCCUGGAGAACCUGGAUUUCUGUGACUCCAACAUCAAAAGCCUCAAUGCAGAGUUGCAGGAGCUGAGAGAAAUGACCCUCCUUUCCUCGCAGACUGUGUCCCUGGAGGCAGCAUCUGGCACAGCUGCCACCGAGAAGCAAAGGAUGCUGGAGAAGAGGUCGAAGGUCAUUGAGGAACUCCUUCAGACAGAACGGGAUUAUAUCCGAGACCUCGAGAUGUGUGUGGAGCAGAUCAUGGUGCCUCUGCAGCAGGCGCAGGUGCAGAGUGUGGACUUUGAGGGGCUCUUUGGAAAUAUUCAGAUGGUGAUUAGCUUCUCCAAGCAGCUGCUGGGCACCCUGGAGGCUGGGGACGCUGUUGGGCCAGCAUUCCUGGCGCACCAGGCAGGGCUGGAAGAGGUGUACAAAGUGUAUUGCCAGAACCAUGAGGAGGCUAUUGCACUGCUGGAGGCCUACGAGAAGGACGAGAGGAUCCAGAAACACCUGCUGAACUCCCUGGAGAGCCUCAGGAGCCUGUACAGUGAGUGGGGCUGCACAAACUACAUCAACCUGGGCUCCUUCCUCAUCAAGCCUGUGCAGAGGGUGAUGCGAUACCCACUGCUGCUGAUGGAGCUGCUGAGUGCCACACCUGAGUCGCACCCUGACAAGGCACUACUCACCGCUGCAGUCCUUGCAGUCAAAGAGAUCAACGUCAACAUCAACGAGUACAAACGUCGCAAGGACCUGGUGCUGAAGUACCGAAAAGGGGAUGAGGACAGCCUCAUGGAGAAAAUCUCCAAGCUCAACUUCCACUCCAUCAUCAAGAAAUCCAACCGUGUCAGCAGCCACCUCAAGCACCUCACAGGCUUCGCCCCCCAGCUGAAGGACGAGGCCUUUGAGGAGACGGAGAAGAAUUUCCGGUUGCAGGAGCGGCUGAUCAAAUCCUUCAUCCGAGACCUUUCCCUCUACCUGCAGCAUGUCCGGGAGUCGGCCUGUGUGAAGGUGCUGGCAGCUGUGAGCAUGUGGGACUUGUGCAUGCAGCAGGGCAGUGGGGAUCUGGAGCAGUUCCAGAAAGUGCAUCAACUCAUCAGCGACCAGCUCUUCUCCAGCUUUAAAGAGAGGACGGAGCGGCUGGUGAUCUCCCCUCUCAACCAGCUGCUGAGCAUGUUCAUGGGGCCGCACAAGCUGGUGCAGAAACGCUUCGACAAGCUCCUGGACUUCCACAACUGCACGGAGCGGGCGGAGAAGCUGAAGGACAAACGGACACUUGAGGAGCUGCAGUCAGCUCGCAACAAUUAUGAGGCAUUGAAUGCCCAGCUACUAGACGAGCUGCCCAAGUUCCAGCGCUGUGCCAAGGAGCUGUUUGCCAACUGCUUGCGGGGCUACGCCAGGGCUCACUGCGACUUUGUGCACCUGGCACUGGGGGAGCUGAGGCCACUGCUGUCGCUGCUGCGAGUGGCUGGCAGGGAGGGGAACCUCAUCUCCAUCUUCCAAGAGGAGCACAGCCGAGUUCUCCAGCAGCUCCAGGCCUUUACCUUCUUCCCGGAGUCCCACACGGCUGCCAAGAGACCAUUUGACAGGAGGAGUGUGGAGCGCCAGUCUGCCAGGCGGCAGCCACUCCUGGGCCCACCCAGCUACAUGCUGCAGUCAGAUGAACUCCGAGCUGCCCUCCUGGCCAGGUACCCCCCGGAGAAACUCUUCCAGGCAGACCGCAAUUUCAACGCAGCCCAGGACCUGGAUGUCUCGCUGCUGGAGGGUGAUCUUGUGGGUGUCCUCAAGAAGAAGGACCCCAUGGGCAGCCAGAACCGCUGGCUCAUUGACAAUGGAGUGACCAAAGGCUUUGUGUACAGCUCCUUCCUGAAGCCCUAUAACCCACGCCGCAGCCACUCAGACAUCUCGGUGGGCAGCCACUCCUCCAAUGAGUCCGAACACAGUAGCUCCUCACCGCACAGCAGCAACACCCUGACCUUCAACCCCAGUGGCAUGACCGUGACCUUCACCCAGAAACCUCUGCAGGACUGUGCCUCUCCAGGGGUUCCAUACCACUCCCUGAGGUCCCCCUCCGAGACAGAUGCUGCCUCCCAGCCCCAGGCUGGCUCCUCUGAUAGAACGGUUCCCAUGGAAUCCAACCAGCAGCCCAACAUGACACCAGCUCACCGACGCUACAGUCGUCCUGAGCCAAACAGCAGCUCCAGCACCCGCAGUGGGCACCCUGCCAAAGCAUACCUCAGGCCGGCACCUUCGCUGGAGGACAGAGACUCGGGGCUGGAGAGCAGCGAGUCUGAGGGCAACCAGGUCUAUUAUGCUGUCUACACCUUUAAAGGCCGAAGUCCAAAUGAGCUGAGUGUAUCAGCCAAUCAGAGACUCAGGAUCCUACAGUUUGAAGAUAUCACGGGCAAUCGAGAGUGGUGGUUAGCUGAGGUGCAUGGGAGGCAGGGCUACGUGCCGUCCAGUUACAUCCGGAAGACGGAGUAUACGUGAGGCUGUACCAUCCCCACAGAGAGACCAAGUUCUGGUGCCUUAAUCCCACUUGGACCAUGUCAGAGACUUGCGGGGGGAAGGGUCUGCGACCCCUGCUGAGCUGAGGCAACCUGUACUGCUCACUUCUGUGUGAAAAGCCAGCCUCUAGCCACUGAAAGCCAUGUGGUAUUGCCAGUGGUGCGGGACGGUCCAGGCCCUGCAGGGCUCUGCCCCGCCCAGGCUGCUGUCGGUUGGCGUGGUGAACGUGGCUUGGCCAGGGGCAGUGACGUUACAGGGCAGCCUGUGCAGCAGGAAUUAAUGUUGCCUCCUGUCCUGUCUCUUCCUCCUAGCAUGGCAAGUAGCUUCCCCUUAGAUCUAGCUGCUAGGAGCUGGCUGGGCCUGACUGGACACAGAGCAAAGCCAAGUCCCUGAAGGAAGUGGCCCCCUCGCUCGGGCCAAAGCGCUGCUUCCUGCCUGUGUGCAGCAUUUCCUUUUCCUUCAGCACUUCUGGUUUAAUGCAGAUUCCCUCUUCGGCCAAGUACCGUUAAAAGCAACCAGGGCUGUUGAGAGCAGGAGCCCCACAGCUCCUCAGCAGCGCGCAGGAGCCUUGGGAGCAAGGGCCAGGCUCCCUCACCGGGCAGGGGUCAGGCUAUAGCUGGGAAGUUGGGGCUGGAAUACAGAACCUGGCACCUGCUCAGGGUGGGAUUCUUCCCUUCCCUGCUCCAUGUAGAGGACCCACUGUCACUGGUUAUGAGCUGUUUGAUUCCACAGCUGGGGAGAGCCAUCUCCCCAGAACCGCCUGCCUCCCUUGGGGGAGCUGCUGGUCUAUGUCCGUGCUGCAGCGGGCACUGUAACUCCCAGCACAGACAGGCUCACACGCUCAGCUGACGCAUGGGCAAUGGCCAGGGCUAGCUUCCCGCGUCCAAGCCCCCCCAGCCUACUGGUCUCUACCUCGGGCGGCUAGCCUGAGCUGCAACAGCCACUCUGCUGUGUUUAGCAUGCUGGCUCGGACUGAGCUAGCGCACAUCGGCUCUGCCCGUGCUGAGAAUUCACACCUCCUCGCUGCAGUGGAGACGUACCCUGGGUUUGGGUUCUCCCAGGCUCUGGUUUCAGGACUAGCAGCAUAGUGCUGCUGUGGGAGAUAUAUGAUACUCCUUCCCCUAGCGCCCAGCAGGCAGCAGCUGCUCACAGAGAGCCCUGCCGCCAGUCCUUCAGAUGAGCCAAAGAUAAGACAGCAGCCUCACCUCCCUGUCACUCGAGCCAUUUCCCCUCCCCACCCCGGCCCACCCCCAGAACUUGGGGGUCCGUCCCUUUGCUCUGACGUGUCCCAGAGUGCUGUGAGGGGCUGGUGAGAAUCAGGCACAUCCUUUGGCAAGAGUGUAGGAUAAAGGCAUCAACACACCACACUGCCUGCUAGGCUCUGGCUGUGCCCCCGGAAUGGGGCAGCACUAUUGGAGGGGGCUGCCGCUCCUGGCCCGAGAGACACCCCCCCCCCCCCCCCAUGCUCUGACGGCAGUGUCUGUCCCCCCUAAGUAAAGUGUCUCCCUUGGUGUUGCUCAGGCUUGUUUGCGUCAAGCGCCUUGUUUCUGGUCAGGGACAUGCACCUGGCAACGCUGUAAGCCUAUGCUCCUCCUGCUGCGCAUGGGCCCUCGCAGCCCAGACUGCAGUGACAAACUGGAGCAGCAGCCACCCUGCAGCUUGCUGAGAAACCAAGAGACUAACACACAGUUUGGGACCUGUGCCCAGAAGCUGCUGGAGUACAGCAGUUUAUAGGGCAAGAAUCUGGCAAAUGGUGUGUAGCCAGAUGGCCCAGCCCCUGUGCAGAGGCGAUAGGGCGUGCAAGGACAACCCGAAUCGCUGUUCCAAGCCAUGGGCCCCAACCUCACACUGGAGCCAGGUUUCUGCUUCAGCUUGCACCUCAUGAUGGAGCCCUGCACAGCAGCAAACCUGUGCUUAGGCAAACCCUGUG